GCUUAACUGCAUCAUGACAGCACAUUGGACCUUUCUGGUUUUGUGCUGUGCGAUCAGACUGAGCUACAGUGAGGAUCCACCCGAAUGGUUUCAGAACAUUUCAACCAGUCUCUUCAACUUGCCAGGGGACAUCAUGCUCGGAGGGCUCUUUCAGAUUAACCUGCUCUCAAGCGACGUCAGCCAGAGGACGGAGCCUGAGAAUAUCAGCUGUGAAAAUUUAAAUGAGGCUGGCCUGGGACUUGCUCUAGUAAUGAAAUAUGCAGUGGACGAAAUCAACGCAAACCAAAUUCUUCUCCCAGGAAUGAAGUUGGGUUAUGAAAUCUAUGAUACGUGCAGGGAAUCUGCCGUCAUCGUGAAACCCACCGUCUCAUUCCUCACUGCAAAAUUCAACAAAGCACUAUCUGUGGAGUGUAAUUACACGGACUAUGAGACCCGCAUCUCAGCGGUGAUUGGUCCUAUAAGCUCGGAAAUGGUGUCGGUCAUAGGAAAGCUUCUGGGAUUCUUUCUGAUGCCACAGGUUAGUUUUGGUGCCACCAGUGACAAAUUCAGUGACAAACUUCUCUACCCGUCAUUCUUCCGCACCGUGCCCAGUGACAAAUGGCAAGUGAAGGUCAUGGCGCUUCUGCUGAAAGCGUUUGGGUGGAACUGGGUGGCGGUGGUGGGCAGCGACGAGGAGUAUGGACAGCGAGGUGUGCAAGAAUUCUCCAAAAUAACAGAGAAUAUGUCGGUCUGCGUGGCCUAUCAGGGGCUGAUUCCAGUGUACACUGACCCUGGACCAGCAAUCACUACCAUCAUCGACAACAUCAAUGCAACUAAGGUCGGAGUGGUCGUGGUGUUUGCUCUCGCAGAGCCAGCUGCUAUCUUUUUUAAAGAGGUCAUCAGGAGAAAUGUACGGGCUGUAUGGAUUGCAAGCACAAGUUGGUCCAUCAAAAAUCAACUGACUUCCCUGCCCAAUAUCCAAAAAAUUGGCACUAUCGUUGGAUUCAUUGACCAGACACAGACUCUGGAUGAGCUCACUGCCUACACACAGGUGCUCUUAACCAAACUGAGUGAUGAGAGGGCAAAUAUGUCACCUCCAGCACCAAAGUCUAAAGUCAACUCUAAAAAUCCCUGCCCACAAUGUUGGAAUUUGUCACCUGCUAACAUUAGCUUGGUGACUGAACCUGUAGUGCAGCGCACAGCUUUCAGUGUGUAUGCUGCCAUCUACUUUGUGGCUGAAGCACUGCACAACCUGCUGGGAUGCAAUUCAACUGGCUGCUUGAAGGAAACCAAAGUCUAUCCCUGGAAGCUGUUGGAGGUUUUAAGGAAUACAUCUAUAGACAUAAAUGGCACACAUUUACAGUUUGACAUGAACGGCAACCCAAACCGAGGGUACGAUAUUAUUGAGUGGGUUUGGAAUGAUUCGAAUUUAGACUUGGUAGUUGUUGGAAGCUGGAAAGAAAAACUGUUCAUCAACAAAACCCUCUUGAAAUGGCACACUCCAAACUCUGAGGUUCCUCAAUCCAAAUGCUCAGCAGAAUGUGGGCAAGGCCAGGUCCGCAGAGUCAAAGGCUUCCACUCCUGCUGUUUUGAUUGUAUUGACUGCUUGGCAGGCACUUACCAGGAAAAUGAGGAGGACACCCAGUGCGCUAAGUGCCCUGAUCGUCAAUGGUCUUUAAACAACAGCACUUCCUGCAUUGAUCCCAGUUUUGAAUUUUUGUCCUGGAAUACACCUGAGGCUCUGCAGUUGACGCUGGCUGGUGUGCUGCUCCUCAUUUGUCAGGUGUCAGUUGGCGUGGUUUUCCUGAAACACCGGGGAUCCUUUAUAGUAGCUGCCUCAGGGGGAACCCUGAGUUUUGUAGCUCUGAUAAGCCUGAUGGGAGCUUGCCUCAGUCUGGUGCUCUUCCUGGGGCAGCCGGGGGACAUGGUGUGUCGUCUUCAGCUGCCCCUCACCUCCAUUUUCAAGACAGUGGCCAUCUCCAUUAUCACUUUCAUCUCAUUACAGAUACUCUACGUGACAGAGUUCCCAAAGAUGGCCGCCUCUCACCUGCAUAUACUAAGAGGCCCUGGAAUCUGGCUGUUUGUGCUUGUCUGCUUUGCUGUGCAGGGGGCUCUCUGUGGCUAUUUUUUGGUGGAAGGGAGCACACUGUCUGAAUAUGUGGCAAAGCAGAAAAUAGACUUUGUGAGAUCGUUUCUGACAUGUCCAAUGUCCCCCUUGAUUGGAUUUGCCCUAAUACAGGGUUUCAACGGUGCAAUGGCUCUUAUAUCAUUCAUGUCUACCUUCAUGGCAGCAAAGCCUCUUCAUCAGUACAACCUUGCCAGGGACAUCACCUUUGCCUCCCUAAUCUACUGUGUGAUUUGGGUGACCUUUAUUCCAAUCUAUAUAGGGUUGAAUCACAAGGACAGAUCUAUUGUCCAUGUUUCUUUCAACCUGGCAAGCAACUUCGGGUUAGUGGCAGGUUACUACUUUCCAAAAUGCUACUUGCUGUUAAGAAAACCUGAGCUCAAUACAGCAGAGCACUUCUGUACCUUCCUUGAGGGCGUCCCGCUAACUCAAGCUCAGGAGGAACCACAGCAAGAGCCGGGAAAUAAACUGAAGUUGUAAUUACAAAAUCUCAAAGACAUGUAACACAUAUACUCAAAUGUACACUUAUUUGCUUUAUAUGUUAAAGAAGGAGUGAGUAACAUAUAAUAGGGUGAUUUGGGCUUAGAUAUAGGCUAUGAAGCAUGAUGUACACUAGGCUAUAAUAAUAACGUGAUAUGAAUAUUUACCCAAGAAACACAUAACAAAGAUAUAUUGUUCAAAUAUAAAGUUUAGAAAUAGUAAAUUUUUCAACUGAAGUGUGCAUUUUGUA